GAUUGCUCCUUUGGAUUGUGAUGUGCCUUUGCUUUGGAAUACGGGCGAAUCCUUUGCUGUUUUUGCAGAUGACAGACUUUAUUUGUUUCAAUUGAGUCUUGAAAGCAAGAUCAAUACCAACAAAAUUUAUCUUGGCCAAACGCCAAAAAAAGUUUUAUAUGAUAAGACAUUGAAUUACAUCAUUACUGUCACGACAGCUAUGGACUCUGGCAAGCGUAAAAAUUUCAUGCGAUUGAUUGAUCCUUCCAAUGGUCAACCAUUGUCCAAUAGUCAAUUGCUAUGGACUGAUACAGGUUAUGGGCAAAGCGAAGUUGUCUAUUCAAUAGCAGGUAAAGAAUAUGCAUCUUUUUUUUUACAAGCUCAUCAAAUGUCUUGUAGAAUGGUCAUUGAAAAACAACAAUAAACUCUACAAAUAUCUUUGUAUUGGGAUUGGUCAUCCUGAAGAAGAAUCUCGGUUUUCCAAAUCAAGUAGAACAUGGUACCCGAAAAAGGAGACAGGCACCAUGAUAUUAUUUCGAUUGAAAGCAAAGCGCAGUACAUCUUCAGGUUCAUUUAUGCUCAAACAAGUUUGGACGCAAGAGAAAUUACCUGGUAGCGUGUAUAGUGUUUGUCCUCAUUCUGCAGGUCUAUUGUUUUCUGCAGGUGCCCAUUUGUAUUUAUACAGAUUAGAUACUUCUACUGGAAAACUGAUAGAAGUUGCACACAAGUUGCUUCAUUCUACGAUUACUUCUAUUCAUGGUGAUGGCGAGCGUAUUUGUGUCACUUGUCACAAUGAUGAGUCUAUCUCAUUCUAUCGAUUUGAUUCUGAUACCAGCACGUUGCAUUUUUUGAAGAGCGAUGUAGCAUCCCGUAGUGUACAUCAUUCACUUGUGAUAGACAGUCGACUUGCUGUAGGCGUCAGCUAUUCAGGCGGUAUGGUUGCGCUUUAUGAUGAUCCUAGUUCUAUACAUGAAAAAAGACUGGAAUGUCUGUUUUCAUUCCAUUAUUCGGAUGUUCUUGUUGGUCCCAGUUUAGCUUUGUUAGGCUCACACAAUGAUUUGUUUUAUACAAAUCAAUCAACACCUCAUAUUUUGCCUUGGUCGCUUGACUUGGGAAAAUCCAAUACCACCAAACCCAUUGUUGCUUGUACUGUAUCAGGUGGCAUGUUGCAUGUCUAUCGUAUCAGUUCUCCACUUUACAAUCUAUUUUGUGUACUUCAAGAUUUGCUGCUUGAUUUUGAACCUACUAGACCAUUAUUAGGCUCAGUUGAAGACUUCAAACAUUGGUAUUGUCAGUUAUCGGGAGGUGAGAAAUCAACUAUUCAUGGUGACUUGGUUGAAUCCUUUUUACGGUUGUCUUUCGAUGAACAAUUGAGACUGAUUAGCCAAGAUGAUAGUCAGAUCAAGCCUGCAUUGAUGCAUGUCUUGACUUAUUUUUUUAAAGAAGAAGUCUGUGUAGACCAAGUGAUUAUGUUUAUUAAGAACAUACUAUCUUAUUUUGCGAAAUAAAAAGUACACUGUGUCUGCCAUAUGGCAAAAGAGUCCGACAUCAAACACACCUGUCAAGCAUUUGAUUUCCUUAUAGAGCAAAUCAGGAUCUUGAAUAGGUCCAAAAUCGCAAUCCAACAGGAGAUUGCCGUUGUCUGUUACUACAGGUCCCGCUUUGUCGGUAGGUGAUGCCAUACGAAGUUGAAUUUUUGCUGUAGGAAAUAAGCGUUCGAGCUGGUAAUGGAUAGAAGAAAGCGCUAUUGGAACAACUUCGACAGGCACACCUCGUUUCCACUAUAUAAAAGAAUGAGUAG